AUGGGCCCCUGGAAAUCCAUCGGUAUAAAAACUAAAGGUGAAAAUAUUUUCAACUCCGAAAAUGAAGUUGCAAUAAUUUGUGGAAAUCAAAGAUUGGAAGACAGAGAAUAUUGGAUGUACCAUAGUCUGCCUACUUCUGAAAUAUAUAUAAAAGGCGUUUCUACUUUUCUUAAGGUUGCUGAAGUUAAUUGGAGGAAUGUUGGCUCUAAAGAUAUUUGGUGUCCUUGUAGGAUUUGUAAAACCUUUCAAAAAUAUGAAAAUAUUAGAGAUAUAGAGUAUCAUUUGAUUGCAAAUGGUUUUAUGCCUAGUUACACUUAUUGGACAAAGCAUGGCGAAUCACGAAUUGAUGGUGCCACGACAUCGGUUAAUUUAGAGAAUGUGGAACAUGAUGAUUUCUUAUACGGUGACAAUUUAAACAAGGAAAAUUUAUAUGAUGACAAUUUAAAUAAUGACAGUCUAAAUGAUAACAAUUUAGAUGACAUGUUUAAUGAUUUGGAGAAUGAUGAUAUUGACGAUGAUGAUAGAGUAAAAUUACAACAUCUAUUUGAAGAUGCACAAAAACCAUUAUAUAAUGGUUGUGAGAUUUCUAAACUUGAAGCUGUUUUGAUGUUGUUUACCUUGAAAGCAAAAAACAGAUGGAGUGAUACAAGUUUCACAGAUGUAUUAGUAGUUUUGCAUGACAUGCUUCCGAAUAGUAAUGUGUACGCGAGAAAAAGAAAAACCGGUGAAUAUGAUAAUGAUGUGAAGAAAAAUGGACCACCGGCUAAAGUAAUGUGGUAUCUUCCUAUUAUACCGAGACUAAAACGAUUAUUUUCAAACGAGAAAGAAGCAAAAUUAUUAUGCUGGCAUUCAGAUGAGCGUAUAAAGGAUGGGAAAUUAAGACAUGUGGCGGAUUCUCCACAAUGGAGAAAUAUUAAUAGAAAAUAUCCAGAAUUUGGUAAUGAGGUUAGGAAUAUAAGGUUUGGGCUUAGCUCCGAUGGAUUCAAUCCUUUUGGAAACGCUAGUAGUGGUCAUAGUACGUGGCCGGUUCUUCUUUGCAUCUACAAUCUUCCACCAUGGUUUUGCAUGAAACGAAAAUAUAUAAUGAUGUCGUUGUUGAUUCAAGGUCCGAAACAACCCGGUAAUAACAUCGAUGUUUAUAUGUCCCCGUUGAUUGAUGACCUAAAAACUCUAUGGGAAUCUGGUGUAAAUGUGUAUGAUGCUUAUAAGAAGGAAUAUUUUGACUUGCGUGCCAUGAUUUUUUGCACCAUAAGUGAUUUCCCGGCAUAUGCUAAUUUAUCUGGAUAUAGCACGAAAGAAAAACAGUAUACAUGGGACACCGAAGCUUGUCCUGUUUGUGAAGAUGAGACAAGUUCCCGUGUUGAUGAAAACCACUUUUCACCAUAUGGUGAUCUUUCAAUAGUGCAAGUAGAAGACGACCCCAAAACAUCCAAUGUUACAGCUCAGAUAUAUUUCAGAACACGUCAUGCAGCUGAGAAGGCGUUUGUGGGUGGCAAAUCCUGGAAAGGCCUUGACAUGUUUAAGGUGUAUUUUAGAAGCUUAAUGGAGCUUGGGAAUGAAGUUAGGAAGAACGGGAGCGAAAAACGGAGCUAA